AUGGGCUCCGUCAACGUUGAAAUCUCGCGGUUCGAGAUUACCGGCGUCUACACUCACCCUGAGGCCCAAGUUGACAUCGUCCUCGUCCACGGCCUAAACGGAGACCCCAAGAAGUCAUGGACGGCCAAGAGCGGCAUCUUCUGGCCAACCCAGCUCCUACCCGAAUCACUCCGAGACAAGCAUGCCAACGUGCUCGUCUAUGGUUAUAAUGCAGACGUCUACUCGCGCAGCAACGACAGAAGCAGCGACGGCACCUUCAGGAACCCCAUCAUAUGGGUCGCACAUAGCUUAGGCGGUAUACUAGUAAAACGCGCCCUGCUAUACUCUAGUAACGUGCUUGCCACCUCCCACGAGGACUUGCGCUCCAUCUACAUCUCCACGCACGCCGCUAUCUUCCUCGGAACGCCGCACACGGGGUCCGGCCUGGCCUCUUGGGGCCGUGUUCUGCAGGCCAUGUCCGACGUCGUCGUGCCCAGGAAGCUGUUCGAAUCGGAGCCUAUUCUGUUGAAGACGCUCAAGCGAGAUAGCGAGCAGUUGCAGGAGAUCAACAACCGCUUCCUCGAUAUCCAUCAGCGCUUCAAGAUACUCAUGGCCCACGAGAAUCGCAAGACAAGCUUGGGGCUUACAAGGGCCUUGGUAGUGAAUGCCACUUCAGCAAGCCCUCAGCUGCCCGGUGUCAUAUACUAUGGCAUCGAGGCCACUCACUCGACCAUUUGCAAGUUUGAAAAUGAGAACACGCCCGGUUAUCGCACUAUAUCGACAACAAUUCGAGACUGGGUUGCCGAGGCGCCGCCUGUCAUUGAGGUCCGGUGGAAGCUCGAGGACGAGGACCGAUGGGCCCAGGCGCAACGCGAAAUAGACGAGAGGCGAAUGCCAUUUACCCUUUCGCAAGCGCAGAUAAAUAUCCACGGGCUCCUCCAGAGCCUACAGACCAUCGACAAGAGCAUCAACGCAUUUAACGCCCAGCCCCGUUUCGCCACGCUUCCGGACAAGUUCUUCGGCGUGCCGUACCCAAAAAAUCGGUGGUUCACGGGAAGAGAAGCAAUCCUCUCGAACAUCCAGGACGUUCUGACCAAUCUUGCCAUCGAGUUUGGCUACCGACAAAAGCAAACAUUCACUCACGUAUUCUGGAUAUCUUCCGACAGCGAAGACAAACUUGACCAGGGGCUCUGCAACUUGGCACGGUCUUUGGGCUUGGCGAGCGACACCGUCGUCGAGGACAAGGAGAAGAUUGUGAAUACAGCAAUGACUUGGCUCAAAACCGCAGACCUGAGCUCCAAUUGGCUUCUUAUAUUGGACAACGUUGACGACGCGCGCAUCCUGAACCCUCUCUGGUCCGACUUGCACCGUGGCUCGGUGCUCAUUACCAGCCGAGAUCCCAUUCCCGGCCUGACGGCGGUAACCUCUCGCUGCAGCAGUUCCAGGCUCGUGCAAUUGUCGCCCCAUGAAGGCGCAGUGUUCGUCAAGUGGCGAUUACAGGAGAAAAUCCAAGGAGAAAUCGACGACAAGUCGGCAGCCGAUCUGGCAAAGCGAUUUGGGUACUAUCCCCUUUAUAUGGACCAGAUGAUGUCGUUCAUUGAGUCUGCUCCCUUGACUCUGGACGAAUUUUACAAACAGCUGGAGUCUGAACCCGCAGAUGAUGAACUCCAGGACUUGUGCAUCGAUAGCCCAUGGUAUACGACCAGCGUAGCUAAAGCCAUCGAGUCCCACAUGACGAAACUACGCUCCUUUGAUUCCCAAGCGCGCGAUAUUCUAACGACUGUAGCCUUUUUCGACCCCGACUCCAUCCCAGAGCGACUUCUCCUGUCGACGGAUGGACAAGUGUCAUGCCUCUCGAGUACCGUAAAGCAACACAAAAUACUCUUAACGCUGAGCCAACCAUCCUUCAUAUACCACAAUUCGGGCAGUCCGAGCCAGGAACGGUGCAUCAGUUUACAUCGCCUGGUGCGCGACGCCGCACUUCGAUCCGACUUGGCGCCUCAAAAGGCGUUCGAGACUGCCGUCCGGCUCCUGAGGAAGUCGUUCCCGUUGCAAAAACUAUCACGAGAUCACAUGGUCGAGGACUGGGCUGAGUGUGAGAUCUUCCAGCCACACGUCCUCUCUCUCCAUCACCGGUAUCUCGACUUUAGGGAUCGUGGUGUCGUCGCUCCGUCUUUCGACUUCCUCGAGCUCAUUUACUCAUGCGCAUGGUAUCUCUGCGAACGUGGCCGAUUCCAUCUCAGCAAGGCGCUCAUCUCAAGCAUCCACCAAGACUACGAGAGAUUGACAAAGCUGGGGCGUGUUGCGCCUGCCGAGUUCCUGGCUGACAUCUACACCGUUCAGCUCUACUAUCAUAACGAAACGGACCACCAGGUCAGCCUUGUCGAGCUGGCAACGCGGGCUAUGAACAUCCGUGAGAAUGCCGUUGAGCAGAGUCUUAUGGACGAGCAUCAUCCGAACCGAGCAAACGGGUUCAUGAACAUGGGUGUCGUCCUGGCUCUGGAAGACCCCAAGGCCGCCAUCGGCAUGCAUUCCAGGGCGCUGGAGAUACGGCGUGGGUCUGACAAGUACAAAACAGAGCAGAUUCACGGGUUUGCGCUGAAUUACCUAAACAUCGGGAGAUGCUGGUGGGUGGUUGGAGAGCUGGAAAAAGCCGCGUCCUGCUUCGAGCAAUGUCUGGUGCUCUGGAAGGGACGGGAAGCUCAAGUGGGCAAGAAGUUUUCACUGACGGCAUGGGCGUUGCUGGCUCUGGGCAUCGUGCGGGCAGAUCAAAACGACCUUGAAAACGCCACGAAGCUCAUGUCGGAGAGUCUGGCACUCCAUAUUUACACCAUGGGCGAACGGCAUAUGAAGACCCUGGUGUGCUACUAUAGGCUCGGGUGGCUGUGUCAACGGAUUGGAGAACAUCACCGGGCAGAACAACUCCUGACCAUUUGCCACGAUAUAUACAGCACUCUGCCUCGUCCGCCCAAACCCGAGCUCGCAAGGACAAAGUUCCAGCUCUCGACAGUUUUAAAGAAGAUCGGUGCCCCAAAGGAGUGCUAUCUAACACUAGACCGCGAGUCACGCCAACUUCUAUCGGAGAUCGUGCUGUGCAAAGGAGGUAGACAUGUUGACAAGGAAGUACUCAACGAGGCCGACUUUGAUAACCAAGUCGACUACUAUUAUCGGUAA